AUGCCAGGCUUUUCCGCCUCCACCGCUGCAUUCUCCUGCAUCUUCGUCCUUCUCAACUGUCAGCGGAGCAAUCCCAUGGCCUCCGGAGCGGCUGCCUCCACGCGCCGUCUAUCGGACACAAUAAAUAUCGGAUUCCUCGCGGAAUACUCCCAGAUGCGGGUGACUCUGGGCGGACUACCACUGGCCAUCGAGGAUGUGAACAAAAACCCAAAUCUUUUGCCCGGAAAGAAGUUGGCCUUUAAGCCGGUGGACAUUGGCCACAAAAUGAGCGCCUACCGCGUGAAGCCUUUAAGGGCGAUGACUCAAAUGCGGGAAACUGGCGUGACAGCAUUUAUUGGCCCAGACGAGAGCUGCACCACGGAGGCCCUAUUGGCUUCCGCCUGGAACACCCCGAUGCUCUCCUUUAAAUGCUCCGAUUCAAUAGUCUCAAACAAAAGUACUUUUCAUACUUUUGCAAGAACUUUGGCUCCAGCCUCCAAGGUUUCCAAAAGUGUAAUAAGCCUUCUGAACGCCUUUCACUGGAACAAAUUCGCCAUAGUGGUUAGCUCAAAACCCAUUUGGGGUUCAGAUGUUGCUCGUGCCAUUCAGGAAUUGGCGGAGGCAAGAAAUUUUACCAUCACCCACUUCAAAUACAUUUCCGACUACAUUCCGACCACCAAAACCCUUUCGCAGAUUGAUAAAAUUAUUGAGGAAACUUAUUCAACAACUCGAAUAUAUGUAUUCAUUGGGGAGCACAUUGCAAUGGUGGACUUCGUUCGGGGCCUCCAGAAUCGACGGCUUCUCGAGAGCGGGGACUACAUCGUGGUUUCCGUGGACGACGAGAUCUACGACUCCAACCGGAGGGUUAACAUUAUGGAACGUAAUUAUUUAGAUCCUUAUAUUAGAAAAGAAAAGAGCAAAUCACUGGACAAAAUCUCAUUUCGUUCAGUUAUAAAAAUAAGCAUGACAUAUCCACAAAACCCCCAUAUUCGCGAUAUUUGUUCAAAAAUAAAAGACUAUGCUCGAAAAACCCCAUUUCUGGUGCCAUAUCAUCAACGCGUGUUCGACAACAUAUCGGUUCCCAUAUAUGGUCUACAUCUCUACGAUAGUGUUAUGAUAUAUGUUCGGGCCAUCUCAGAAGUUCUAAAACUAGGCGGUGACAUAUACGAUGGGAACUUAGUAAUGAGUCACAUUUUUAAUAGGUCAUAUCAUUCAAUACAGGGAUUUGAUGUCUAUAUCGAUUCGAAUGGCGAUGCUGAGGGAAAUUACACAGUCAUAACUCUGCAAAAUGAUUUGGGCAGUGGAACCUCAUUGGGAUCUCUCGCAAAAAUGUCCAUGCAACCAGUUGGGUUUUUUGCCUACGACAAGAACUCCUUAAUACCGGAAUUCCGCUACAUAAAAAAUGAUAGACCUAUUCAGUGGUUAAAUGGGCGUCCUCCGCUUGCAGAACCUCUGUGUGGUUUUCAUGGCGAAUUGUGUCCUCGGAAAAAACUUGACUGGCGGUAUUUGGUUUCUGGUCCAUUAAGUGCCCUCGUCGUUUUGGUGGCCAUUGGUCUGCUGAUUAAGCACUAUCGCUAUGAACAAACUCUGGCAGGACUUUUGUGGAAGGUUGAUAUGAAGGAAGUUACCGUUAUUAAUAUGGGAGAGUACAACAACCCCAGUAAUAAGAAUAUAUUUCAAAUCUGCCGUCAAAGCAUUUUGGUAGUUGGUGAACCCAGCAAAAGGUCCUUCACAAAUAUAGCUCUUUUUCGUGGCAGUAUUGUGGCCAUGAAAAAGAUUCACAAGAAAAGCGUGGAUAUCACCCGAUCGAUUCGCAAGGAACUAAAACUCAUGCGAGAGGUGCGACAUGAAAACAUCAUUAAUUUUAUUGGAGCCUCAACCGAUCAUGGAUCAGUGAUAAUCUUUACUACUUAUUGUGCACGAGGAAGUUUGGAGGAUGUGUUGGCCAACGAUGAUUUGCAUUUGGACCACAUGUUUAUCUCCUCAUUGGUUUCCGAUAUCCUAAAAGGAAUGAUAUAUCUGCACGACUCGGAAAUUAUAUCUCAUGGAAACCUGCGAUCCAGCAAUUGUCUCAUUGACUCCCGUUGGGUUUGCCAAAUCUCUGACUUUGGACUCCACGAAUUAAAAUCUGGACAAGAGGAGCCCAACAAGAGUGAAUUGGAAGUGAAACGUGCUAUCUGCAUGGCGCCGGAGCUUUUAAGGGAUGCCUUUCGUCCUGCACGCGGAUCCCAGAAGGGGGAUGUCUACUCCUUCGGGAUUCUCCUCUACGAGAUGAUUGGCCGCAAAGGUCCUUGGGGGGACACCGCCUACUCAAAAGAGGAAAUUAUUCAGUUUGUCAAGUGCCCAGAGCUGCUGCAGCACGGCGUUUUUCGACCGGCUCUGACGCACACUCAUUUGGACAUUCCCGACUAUAUCCGUAAAUGUCUGUGUCAAUGCUGGGACGAAGAUCCGGAGAAUAGGCCCGAUAUCAGACUAGUUCGCAUACAUCUAAAGGAACUUCAAGCUGGCUUAAAACCCAACAUAUUUGACAAUAUGCUCUUGAUAAUGGAGAAAUAUGCUUACAACCUUGAAGGUUUAGUUCAAGAACGAACUAAUUUACUAUACGAAGAGAAAAAGAAAACCGACAUGCUUUUAUAUCAGAUGCUGCCUAGACCUGUAGCUGAGCUUUUAAAACGAGGAGAUCCUGUAGAGGCGGAAUGUUUCGAUUGUGUGACAAUAUUAUUCAGUGAUAUUGUGGGAUUUACCGAACUCUGCACCACUAGCACUCCAUUUGAAGUGGUGGAAAUGCUGAACGAUUGGUAUACCUGCUGCGAUUCAAUUAUAUCCAACUACGAUGUCUAUAAGGUUGAAACAAUUGGAGAUGCUUAUAUGGUUGUAUCCGGAUUGCCAUUGAAAAACGGGAAUCGCCAUGCAGGAGAAAUCGCCUCCUUGGCUCUUCAUCUCUUGGAAACGGUGGGAAAUCUGAAAAUACGACACAAGCCCACCGAGACAGUGAAGCUACGCAUUGGAGUUCACUCGGGUCCUUGUGCAGCUGGAGUUGUGGGUCAGAAGAUGCCCAGGUAUUGUCUUUUCGGGGACACUGUCAACACAGCUUCUAGGAUGGAAAGCACUGGCGAUUCCAUGAAAAUCCACAUAUCCGAGGUCACCUACCAACUGCUGCAGUUAUUUGGUGGCUAUGUCUGCAUCGAAAGAGGAAUGACCAGCAUUAAGGGCAAGGGCGACAUGAGAACCUAUUGGCUGACAAAACGUCAACAAUCCGAACUAACUCCGGAUCUCAUUAGCACAGUGGAUGCGUUGGAUAGUUAUUGCUCCGUGGGAAGGGAAAUUAUUGAUCACUCUGUAUACCAAUAUUGCAACCAAGCUCCGAAGAACUACAAAUUGGGAUCCUGCAAUUGUGACACCAAGUGUUUAUAUAGCCGGCGAUCGGAUGAUAAUGUUGCCCAUGGCACCCCGGAAUUUCCGAAAAUUAGUGAGCCCACGCAGGUCAACUGCAAUCAAUUAUGUGUCUGUCGCUUGAACAGCAGCCAAGUGUUCAACAAUCGAAGUCCUCGAUCCGCUCCAAGCAUAACAUUUAGACUAUAAGUAUUCAAUUAUAUUAAAUGUAAGAUUCUUCAUAGUUACGUUUGAGAUGUAGUGAUUAUUAAACUAGAAUUAUGCAUUGACGUCCAAUA